GAGGGGCCAAGGUUGCCGGAAGCUGCCUGAAGCUGGACAGAGCUGGUUCCUGGACAGAGCUGGUUCCCGGGCAGGCUGGAGGGCAGGAGCUGGGGCCACGUUGGUCUGAGAUAGUUGGGCAGGGAGGUAAGAGGUCUGGGGCCAGCUGGGGCCCCUGGAGCUCAGUGUGUGUGUGAAUGAGAGGCUGCAGGAGUUUGGGAGGCUUUGGGCAAAGUCCAAGCUGAGCAGGUGGGAGUGAGAGGGGCUGAGCGUGGUCUAGGCCCUCCUGGGAAUGUCGAUUGAAUUCAGGGUGCUCUGCUGAAGAAAGCGUUGUGCUGGGGACCCUGAGGGGUGAGAGCAGGUUCUGCCUGCCAGAGGGGCAGGGCUGGGCAUUCUACCAGCCAAGGGGCCAGCCCGAGGUGUCCCAGCCCUGGCACCAGGGAUUUGGCUGUGGAGUGCCACCAAGGUGGCCUCUGGGGAAAGACUUCGGGGACAAGGGAGGUAGACAGCAUUGGUGGUCCUUACCUCAACUCAUAGACGUGACAGGCUAUCUACCUGGUCUCCAGAAUGGAUGGCCCUGUGGCGGAGCGUGCCAAGCAGGAGCCCUUCCACGUGGUCACACCUCUGUUGGAGAGCUGGGCACUGUCCCAGGUGGCUGGCAUGCCUAUCUUCCUCAAGUGUGAGAAUGUGCAGCCCAGUGGCUCCUUCAAGAUUCGGGGCAUCGGGCAUUUCUGCCAGGAGAUGGCCAAGAAGGGAUGCAGACACCUGGUGUGCUCCUCAGGAGGUAAUGCAGGCAUCGCUGCUGCCUAUGCUGCUAGGAAGCUGGGCAUCCCUGCCACCGUCGUGCUCCCUGAGAGCACCUCCCUGCAAGUGGUGCAGAGACUGCAGGGGGAGGGGGCCGAGGUUCAGCUGACUGGAAAGGUCUGGGACGAGGCCAAUCUGAGGGCACAAGAGUUGGCCAAGAGGGACGGCUGGGUGAAUGUCUCCCCGUUUGACCACCCCCUAAUAUGGAAAGGCCACGCCAGCCUAGUGCAGGAGCUGAAGGCAGUGCUGAGGACCCCACCAGGUGCCCUGGUGCUGGCAGUCGGGGGCGGGGGGCUCCUGGCUGGGGUGGUGGCUGGCCUGCUGGAGGUGGGCUGGCAGCAUGUACCCAUCAUUGCCAUGGAGACCCAUGGGGCACACUGCUUCAAUGCGGCCGUCAUGGCCGGCAAGCUGGUCACACUUCCAGACAUCACCAGCGUGGCCAAGAGCCUGGGUGCCAAGACGGUGGCCGCUCGGGCCCUGGAGUGCAUGCGUGUGUGCGAGAUCCACUCUGAAGUGGUGGAGGACGCCGAGGCUGUGAGCGCUGUGCAGCAGUUUCUGGAUUGUGAGCCCCAUGAGGGCUGGUGUGUCUUAGUCACUGAUGUGUCCCUAGGACCUUCCUGGCAUAGGGCAUGGCAGAUGAUGAGCGUAUGCUGGUGGAGCCUGCCUGUGGGGCAGCCUUAGCAGCCAUCUACUCAGGCCUCCUGGGGAGGCUCCAGGCCAAGGGCUGCCUGCCGCCUUCCCUGACUUCAGUUGUGGUCAUUGUGUGUGGAGGUAACAACAUCAACAGCCGAGAGCUGCAGGUUCUGAAAACCCACCUGGGCCAGGUGUGAGGGGUCCCAGCCUGGCCCCAAAGACCCCUGAGAGGCCCAUGGACACUCCUGUGGCUUGAUGAGGAGGGCUCAGUGCUGGUGGAUGGCAGUGGAAGCUGCCCUGUGCAACUGUGCUGGCUGCCUCCUGAAGGAAGCCCUCCAGGACUGCUCCUUUUGACUCUCGGACAACUCCAGCCAAUAAACACUUUCUGAGUUGA